ACAUUGGAGCAAGUCAUUGACAUGAUAAGCUUUUGUACUAGCAAGGUGUACUCUUAUGCUACUGUUGUGCCGGCCGGGUACAGUUGCGUCUGACUCAGUAAAGAAGACGUCUUUUGAUCCUCCUCAUCGAUUUUGACAUCGCAUGUUAUAUACACGAAACUUGGGUUAUUACGCAGAGGGACGACAGUACAUCUAGCAAUAUGGCUUCUCUUCAAUAUCGCCUACUCUUCUCAUGCGCGUUUAAUUUUGUCUGUCUGUUCGGAAUUUCGGAACAGACGGAAUCUAAGUACGCCGACAAACUUCUCUUGGUUUCCAUGGACGGUUUCCGGUGGGAUUUUCUUUACAAAACUUACACGCCGAAUUUUGACAAGUUUAUAAAAAAUGGCAUCAAAGUGGAAUAUGUCAACAAUUCGUUUGUGACAAAAACGUUUCCGGCUCAUUAUACAAUAGUAACAGGGGUGUACGAAGAAACGCACGGGAUUGUCAGCAACUCCAUGUAUGACCCGGUGUUCAAAGAAACGUUCAACAUGAGAACGAAGACAACAAAAUGGUGGAAUGCCUCGGAACCGAUUUGGUGUUACGUGAAGCGGUUCAACCUAAACUCCGGAAGUUACUUCUGGCCCGGGGAUGACACGAUAAUCAACGGAAUUCGACCCAACAAGUGGCUGAAGUAUGCCCAAGCCACGCCAUUCCGGAAACGCGUUGAUGACGUCAUGGACUGGUUCACGAAAGACAAUUUCAACUUCGUGUCUCUCUAUUUCCACGAACCUGAUUCCACUGGACAUCGGCACGGUCCGGAAUCGCCGGAAGUAAACGAGAAAGUGGGUGAGAUGGAUGAACUGCUGGGGUAUCUGGUGACAAAGCUAGAGGAAAAAAAACUGACGGAUAAAGUGAACGUUAUCAUAACCAGCGACCAUGGCAUGUAUCCAGUUGAUGUGAAAAACAAGGUGGUUGACAUCUACGAUUAUGUUAAAAGAUCCCAGAUCCAGAGGACGCCCCUGUUGGGUCCAGUGGCUCAAAUCCAGCCCGUGGACGGACAGACGGACGCCGUGGUUGACCAACUGAGGAACGUUCCUCACAUUACAGUGUACCACAAGCGAGACAUCCCAGACCGACUCCACUACAAACACAACAGAAGAAUUAUGUCAGUGUUGGUCAUGGCUGACGAAGGAUGGCUCGUAACCGAUAACAAAACAAAACUAGCUGAACUAGAACACUACAAAGGUUCGCACGGCUGGGACAACAGUCUCAUAUCGAUGAAACCAUUCCUUGUGGCCAGUGGUCCCAACUUCAAGAAGAACGCCCGCUUUGGACCAAUUGAAAGCGUCGACAUAUAUCCUCUGAUCUGCGAACUCAUGGGAAUCCCCCCAGGACCGACCAAUGGCAGCCUCGAUCGCGUCAUCGGCUUUGUGGUUCCGUUCCAAGUGAGCGCCGCCCCGUCAGUCCACGUACCAUGGUUUCUGUUGUUACUGGCGCCGACUGUGAUGUCAUAAACGAACAUAAUAAUAUGCAUAUGUGUAAAUACAGCUACAUCUGUUUUAACCAGAAAACGUUUUUUUCUAAAUGUCAUCUGAGUUCUGUUUAAUGACAUCUACAAUUAAUAACUAGAAUGUGGUCUUCAUAACCCAACUUUCGUCAUGCUGUAGAUGCCUGAGAAACGUCAGUGACACUAAAGUAGCGUGUGUCACCCUCAGGGACCCGUGUACAACGAUACGUAUUUCACUACACUUAGCCAAUACAAGUUUUGCAAUUUGGUAAAUGUGCUUAAUUAAAAGAAAACUCGUGACUUACAACAUAAAAUCAGACACUGGAUGUAAUUGUGGCAGCAUUUGUCAGUAUAAGUAAUAGAAGAUUUUUAGCACAAAAUGAAAUGUGUGACUGUCACGUCGUUAAAUGGUGCUGCUUGGGGGUCCAUACACGACAAUCUUAAAAUGAUCAGUGUCUGAUGCUAUUUUAUAAGUUGUGAGUUUUCCUGAGCAUUAUUAGUGUUAAAAGUGAACUUUAAAAAACAUAAUUUUUUUAUAUAUACAGUUAAGCGGAACAGAAGUAAAAAACAAAGUAAUCAAAGUUUAUUAUUUUCUAAACUUCUUGCGUUGUCAGUAAAAACAUGAUGUGAAUAUCUUCAGAUUUGUAUGGUUUUGUAUUAAUAAACGUAUCGUACAACACAAUUUUAUCUAAAUUUAAACCCUGGGUAUAAGAACAAAAAGUGUAAUUUUGAUUACAAAAAACAACUUUAUUACAGUUCAUUAUCACUAACUGCAUCAACCCCUACAUCUCCUUUGAACCGACCGACCCCCCCCCCCCCCCCCACUCCCCACCAUCUAUGUAUUUAUUUAUUUAAUAAAGUGACGCAGUAUAUUUAAUAUAACUAAUCGACCUUCGUCCCACUCGCUAAUGUCCCCUGAACGCGACACGACUAUCAACAAAAGAGAGAAAAAUCGUCGUCUUAGCUUUCACUUGCAGUAUAAAGAGGUAAACACACACUCCCUUUAUUUAUUUUACUUUUUGGUUCACUUUUAUAAAGAUCCAGUGUCGACCAUAUAUAAAGAGGACAUAGCCUCGCGAGGUGUGUGUGUGUGUGUGUAUGUGUGUGUGUGUGUGUGCGAGAGAUGGGCUGCUGCAUCCCCGAUACAAAUAUAUACAAAAGCGUCUUCUUAUUAAUUUAAAAGUGCCCCGUCUGUGUAGGUGGAGAAGACCUCCACUGUGGUAUACUUGGUCCUAACAGGUUACGCUGUGUACAGUGUCUAACUACGAGUUAGGUUUUUACUUCUUUGUUUGGGGGGUGGGGGUGGCGGGGGGGGAGGGAUUUAGCUCAAUCGGUUGAGUACUUGGCUAGAGGUGCUUGCUUGGUGGAUCCAUUCAACUGACUGGGUUUUUCUCGUUGCAUACAACUGGACAAAGGACGUGGUAUGUGCUGUUCUGCCCGAGGCAAAGUGCAUAUAAACAAUCCCUUGCUGAAUUAGGAAAAUUGUAGGGGGGUUCCUUUCUAAGACUAUAUUUCAAAAUUAUCAAAUGUUUAACAUCCAAUAAAUAGCCAAUGAUUAAUAAAUCAAUGUGCGUUAGUGGUGUUGUUAAACAAAAUAA